AUGCCUUCGUCGUCCGGCGCCAUCGUCGCGGGCCAGCCCCAGCAGCAACCGCAGGGGCGGCAAACAUCUGGCUUCAGCAUGACCAAGCUGGCUCUCGGCGCCGCCGUCUACUUUGGCAUCAACUAUGGCCUCUCUUACAUGUCGCAAAAGGACCAGAAGGGAACCGUCGUCACCAAUCCCGAUACCGGCGAGAAAGUCACCGUCGCCGCCAACAUGGAAGGCAUCCCGCCCUACCAGCUGCGCCCCAAGAUGCUCAACGAGGGCGCCCAACGCCGGCCGAUCCCCAAGAAGAUUGCGCCCAUCUGGGCCCAGGAUAGCCACGUCGACAUCGUCGUCACCCUCUCGCCGUCCUUCAACCCGAUCCCCAUCUCGCAGACCCCGGCCGAAUAUGUCGUGCUGCAGGAAAAGGACUUUCACAUGGACAACAAGUCGGACACCCGCUCCAUCGACACCACCUUUACCGUCCCCAAGGCCGUCCAGAAUAAUGGCACGCUAUGGGGGCACUUCUACAUUGGGCUCGCCGGGAGCGUCGUGGAUCCCAAGGAGCCGGGCUUCGACCCUGCCACAGCCUAUCACUUUACCUACCCUCUUACCCAGUAUCUCGCCAAGAAAAAGGUCGCCAAGACACGGAACCUGCUCGAGGGUCGUCCGGACCCUGCGACAGAAGAGCCGGAGGGGCCAGCGUCUGCCGGCCCCAUCAUCACCAGCCACUACCAUCCUAAUGCCAGCUUCGCCUUUGUUCCGGCCACGGGCGUCAAGGACCUGUCCCAACUGCACCCGGCCAUCAAGCAGUUCCUGCGCCUCGAGGCCACGGGCGCCCGAGACGGCACCGGUGAAAACGGCUGGUACUAUCCCCUUUUGUUUGUCAACACCUUCUGGCAGUUGACAAGCCACAUGACUGUCCUCAACGACACGGUCAAAGAACUUCCCCUGCAUAUUGACCUCAAGAACAUAGCCUUUUGGCAGUUCCAGAUGCUGGCCUCCAUCGAGUCCAAUUCCAAGGAAAACGCCCGCCAAGCGGCAUUCGGGGCCUCGCUGCCCGGCGGCGGCGACGGCACAGAGAUUGAAAUGGUCAAGGAGAUUUUCAUUGAUACCAACCCCAUUCUGCUCGGCAUCACGGCCGUUGUGACGGUGGCGCAUCUCAUCCUCGAGACUCUAGCCUUUGGCUCCGACAUUGCUCACUACCGCAAGAAGAAGGACAACAUUGGCAUCUCGGUGCGGUCGAUCCUGGCCAACGUCUUGAUGCAGACCAUCAUCUUCCUGUACCUGCUGGACAACUCGCAAAACACGAGCUGGAUGAUCCUGGGCACGCAGAUCGUGGGUAUUGUCAUCGAGUUCUGGAAAAUCACGACCGUGGUCAACGUCAGGGUGCGGCCGGCGACGGCCGGGUCGCUACUCCCGUACCGGAUCGUCUUCGAAGACAAGCACCAGCUGACGGAGACGGAGGAGAAGACCAAGGAGUACGACGAGAUUGCCUUCCGCUACAUGUACGUGGGCGCGGUGCCGUUGCUGAUUGGCUACGGAAUCUACUCGCUCUUCUACGAGACGCACAAGUCGUGGUACUCGUUCAUCAUCACGACGCUCGUGGGGUCGGUGUACACGUACGGCUUCCUCAUGAUGGUGCCGUCGCUAUACAUCAACUACCGGCUCAAGAGCGUGGCGCACAUGCCGGCCAAGGCCAUGAUGUACAAGUUCCUUAACACCUUCAUCGACGACCUGUUUGCCUUUACCGUCAAGAUGCCCAUCCUGCACCGGCUGGCGACGCUCCGUGACGACGUCAUCUUCUUUGUCUAUCUGUACCAGCGGUGGGCGUACAGGAUCGACCACACACGCGUCAACGAGUUUGGCCAGGGCGGCGAGGAGGACAAGGGGGUCGGUGCCGCGGGUGCGCUCAAGGCCAAGGAGGAGGAAAAGGCAGAGGCAAAGAAGCCAGCGGCCGAGGCGGCCAACGAGGCGGAAGGCAAGGCGACGGGGCGCGAUGCCGGGCAGGCAAGCAAGCGAAGGUGA